CGACAUAUGUUGACCUGUCCGUCCAAAUAUUUUUGGUGGUCUCUUCAAGGUGUUCAGGAAAAUAUAACUAAGAGGGUCGAAAUGUUCCGCAGGGCCGCGCAAUCUUUGGGAAAGACAGUCUUCCUGACGUCCCAAACGUCACUGAGAGCACAACCUCUCAUUUCAAGCAUAGGAACAUGUCGGGGACGACGGACACUUGUGACCAAAGCUUCUGCCACCGAGGAUGCGGCUGCUGUCAACAGAAAGGCGAGGCUGGAGCUUGCUGUCGCUUACCGAGUCCUAGACAGAUAUGGUAUGAAUGAAGGCGUAUGCAAUCAUCUAACCCUGAUCACGAAGGCCACGAAUGGAGAGGGCCAGGUCAUGCUUCUGAUUCCGCAUGGGAGACACUGGAGUCAGGUUACCGCUUCUUCACUGAUCGGACUCAACUCUCAGAAUGAGAUCGUUGAGGGCGAUGGACAUAACGAAUUGGCUGCCUCCACCAUCCACCGGGGGAUCCACAACAUCAGGCCAGAUGCCAGCGCAAACUGCGUCAUGCACUUACAUUCGCCAUACGUAACUGCUUUGAGUUGUCUCGAAGACCCUCGAUUCCUUAUGAUUCACCAACACAUGAUGCGUUUCUACAAGGGCGUUGGCUAUGACGAUAACUACUGUGGCUACCCAGAGGCCGUGGCGGAGGGGGAGAGGCUGGGGGCUUGCAUGAGGGAGGAUGAUGUGCUCAUCAUGGGCAACCAUGGCCUGGUCACAAUCGGGGGGACGGUGGCUGAGGCUUUCGACAAGGCCUACUAUGUUGAGAGAGCGGCUAUGAUUCAGUUGAUAGCAAUGUCAUCUGGCAAGCCACUGAAACACAUUCCCAAAGAGGUCUGCGAGAAAACAUACCUGGACUCACGAAAAAAGCUGGAAUUCUACGCUAAUCAACACUUCAAUGGCAUGAUGAAAGUCAUACUGAAAGAAACUCCUGAUGUGGCCGACUAGGCUAUUGUCACUUCUAUCAGGAGACGGGUGCAUGGAUUGGGACUAGUUUUCCUUUGAUGGUAGAAUAUGAAUUUGUCUCUAUACGAAUAGGAUAGGCCAGAGUCCCAAGGUUGUGCAUAUUUGUCCAUGUAAUUUCAAAUGUCCUCACUGACUAAAGUCACAACCUACUAAAAGGUAAGGACAGGGUGAAGACAAGUCGAAGGCAGCUCACACUUUAUCUAAGGUAAUUGGUUUUUGUAGGCAUGCAUCUCAAAUCCUUCAAGGUGACGAUCAUGUUUUGGGUCACACCGGUAUAACUCAUUGACAAAUCUUAAAUGUAUGGGUCUACAAAAAUAAUAAUGUUUGUGUCAGGAGCACAUAAUAAAUCACGUCAAUUUGUCUUUGACUGCUAUCCCUAUUGUGUCACGG